GUCGAAAUCUGUCAACCCAUGUCAUGCAGCGCAUACUCGCCAUAGUCCAAGAUGAUGUGGGUGGUCGCGGCAUCCGCCACCUUCUCAAUCCGCAUCGAGAUGUGGUAGCUCUGGAAGCAGCUGCCACCGGCCUCCUGCAUCUCCCGCCGGGCUCUCACGUGGCCAUUCUGACAGGGUUUCCCUGUGUCCAACAUGCGACGCCGCCUACUGAAACCGACGGCAUUGCCGGCACGUUUGCUCUGGUUCACAUGCUGCACACUCGGGGCUGCGUGGUGCAUAUCCUCACAGACGAUGUCAAUGCCAGUGUGUUCCAAGCUUGCAUCGACCACUGGAGGAACAACUACUCGUGUCAAGCCGACAAAAAUCUGCAAUUGCACACGUUUCCGCCAGGUCCAGUGGCGCCACCGCAGCUCGAGGCCAUGGCGGCGCUCAUUCAGUACUGGAUCGCCAUCGAACGACCCGGCGAGGCAGCGGACGGUCGCUACUACACGAUGCGUGCGAGGGACAUUUCACGUGACGUGGCGCACUUGGACGCGUUCUUCGACCGUGCCCAACAACUCGGGGUUCGCACCUUGGCCAUUGGUGACGGUGGCAACGAGCUCGGCUUAGGCGGCGUGGCCACAUUGACCAAACAGCACAUUCCACACGGCGACGUCAUCGCAGCAGUCACGCCGUCCGAUCACUUGGUCGUGGCGUCCAUUUCAGACUGGGGCGGCUACGCGAUUUGCGCCGCCAUGGCCUACAUAGACCCGUCCUUGUCUCUCGUGCUGCCACGUACCCUGGCCGAGUUGGCGGCCACGAUGGUCAUGGCGUGCGCGCGCGACGGCAUUCUAGGCACGUUGGACGCCUGUGUGGAUGGAUGGCCCCUUGUUGUGAGUUUGAAUCGGCUCCAUCAGUUGACCUACCUGGAACGCCGCUGCGACUUUCGGCUCUUAGCGUGCCACCCACACUCGCCAACCCUUAUCUCCAAAUGGCCUCGACUUGCCACGAAAGUACAGCCGUCGUGGCUUCCACCGAGCGCUGCGUCUACGUUGAUCCAUGUGGUCACAGACUUGACCAAAGCUAUGCCACAAGCGGCUAUGGUAGCUCUGGGUAUGUACACAUGUAUAUGAUACACGCUUGGACACGCAGAGCAAGGCAGGCUUUGACUAUGCUAGUCGAUGGUAGAACUCGCAUCGGUUGCGAAUAUGCCACCGCCUUCCGACAAGGACUGUGUCGUCCUGUUGCCAGCUGCUUUGCUGGUGGAAUCCCCGGACAACAUUGAUGCAGUGCGAACAUGGCAAACGCAUCACACACGACUGGGAGUUGUCGGAGGAUCUGCCCAAGUUCUGCAGCAACUGGUGGCGGUGGCCGGCAUUUACGUUGCGAUUCACGUGCUCGUCGAGUACAACGAAGCGAUGCUCGCAUCGCAUGUGCCUUGGUGCCAAAAGCAACGAAUUGGGCUCUGGGUCGCUGUGUCUUCCGAGUCGACGGCGACGGGUCGUUGGCUCCUCGAUCAACCAUGGGUGGAUGCUGUCCUCAGCCACGACACUACUCAGCUACACGACUUGAUGGACUGCAUUGGCCAAGCAGUAGUCAAGCCCUGGAGCAGCGGGGGUCACUAGAAGCGACGACUGCACUACGCUGCCACCUUGUCGUUCAUCGAACAAUUGCGUUGCAUAUUACUGUAAUACGAUCAACAUGGAAGAAGACGUUUUCGAGUGACCCGGGCUUUCAGUCUACACCUGAUACAACGUCGUACUUGCGAGGCUACAAGCAUUGUUUAACCUGUUUAACACGUACCC